AAGGUGUGCAUGCGUUGCGAUGGGUGUCAAGGAUCUGUCGAAAGUGAUCGGCGAUCAUUCGCCGGCCAGCGUACGCCUCAAUGAAUUCAAGAGCUACUUUGGCCGGAAGGUGGCCGUGGAUGCAUCGAUGUGUCUGUAUCAGUUUCUGAUCGCAGUACGCCAGGAUGGCUCGCAACUGCAGACCGAGAGCGGCGAAGCAACCAGGUAACC